AUGGUAUCUCUUCAUACCAUUAUGAGCCAACUGAGCCAGUUUGUACACCUUAAAUCGGCUAUACCGACCCUAGACUCGAUACUCCAUGCUACGACUCGACGACCAAACAAACGCAUAUAUGACAUGCAACGUGCACCUGGUUGCAGCUCGAUUUUUACGGUUAUGGUAGAAUUCAUGGUUUCUCAUUUGUCUAAUAGCCCCAAUAAUAAAGUCAUAGUUGUAGACACUUUGACACCGUUUCCAUGGCACUUAUUAUUUUCACAUUCUCGGUUUCAGCAAGAAUGGCGACAAGACUCGCGAAUCGCACUACAUGAUCCAGAUACUUUCGCAUUGUUGUAUGGUCUAUUUGCCUAUGAGUCGUUAGAGCCAGCUAUAAACGGUAGUACCAUUGUGAUCAUCAACGAUUUUCACCAAACUUUAGACAUAUAUUUGCACGACCAGACGUCUUCGUACGAAGAAACAAUCUUGAAGCAUCAUUUGGAAGUCAAUUCAAUCAUCAAAAGUAACCAGACUCAGUACGAAUUAGAGGGCACAAAGACACCUGUGCCAGAAAUACCUGCUCAGUCUGAUUUGUUGAAAAUGAGUGCCAUUUCGAAGUUCAACACUCAUCUAAACAGCUUAUUAACAAUGAUGUCAAAGUUCUGCUACAAGACAAACCUGAUGUGCUUCUUACUUGGACAUCUAGAAACAAAGUACAUUCCAUAUAGUACAACCUCUCAGAUGUCAGAUGCGGAUUUCUACAAUACUUCAGUUUCAUACCAAGAUAAGGGAAGAGUAGUUUUGGUACCAUCAUACUCUGAACUGAACGAAGAAAAGAAAGAGGACAUAAACUCAAAAAGUAUAGAUUCAUACCUCUGUAUGCGGUUGAUUUUCUAUAAAGAUUGGUACCAUAAUUCGCCAUACUUUGCUGAAUGCUAUCCUCCACUUGAGAAACAGAAUAAAGUUGUCAUCAACCAAGCCCAACUUCGUACAGUAUUUGCUAUUAAAAUAACUAACUUCCUGUCAAAGUCAAAGUAUUGUCCUAUCUAUUUUGACUACGACGAUAUUAUAUAUCAUCUUGACGAUGAUAACGAGAAUGAU